AUGAAGGAAUCAAGUACUGCCCUUGUUGAGCUUGCCGCCGAUGACAUAGGAUCAGACGUUGAAAUUAUCUCUUUAAAUUCAACACCUAAAUAUUCCGAUUCUGUUUAUGAUGGAAAAUACUCAUUUGAUUUGUCAAAUUCUAUCGUUGAUGUAAGCUCUGGUGGUGUUACUCAUACUGAAUGUGCAAAAAAUUUAAAUAAAAAAUUAAAAGAAACAUUUAAACGGUUAGGUUCGCUAGAUUCCUUUACUUUUCAAAUUGAAAAAUAUUUUUUUGUUAAUCGACAGACUGAUCAAACAUUACAACAAAAAAAAAGGCUUGCUGCUAAAAUAGAGGCAUCUCUUAAAACAAUUUCACUAGGAUCAACAAUACAUAUGACAGGAUCCUCAGUAACAGGAUUAGGAUCAUAUAACUGUGACAUUGAUAUGUGUUGGAAUUGUCAUGUUAACCAGUAUGGAGAUGAUAGAAAAAGGGAGAUUCACCGUAUGCUAAAACUUGCCAAACAAAAAAUAAGAAAAGACUUUCUUGGUGCUGUUUAUUCAAUGGAUGUUAUUAGAGCCGUUGUUCCUAUUCUUAAACUUGAAUUAGUUUAUCUUGAUCAAGAAAGUAAUAAAGAUGUUUGCUUUGAAGUUGACAUCAAUAUCAAUAAUUAUCCAGGAAUAUAUAAUUCAAAAUUACUUCACUACUACUCACUUUUCGAUAGAAGAUUUUCUCAAUUAGUAUUAAUUUUGAAACAUUGGGCACAAAUAAGGGAAAUUAAAGAUGCCCAAAAUGGUUUUUUUAAUAGUUAUUCAAUUGCAUUGUUAGCAUUACAUUAUCUUCAAUGUGGUGUAAAACCAUAUGUUCUACCUAAUCUUCAAAAAUUAUAUCCACAUAUCUUCGAUGAUCCGGAUUCUUUGAUUAAAUUUGAAUAUAGACAAUUUUUUGAAUCUCCUAUUUCUAAAAAUAGUCGUGGUAUUAAUAAACAACCAAUAAGUGAACUUUUAAUUGGCUUUUUUGAUUACUAUAGAAAUUUUGAUUUUGACCAUUAUGCCAUAAGUGUCCGAGAAGGAAGAGUUAUUCCUCGUUCUCAAUGUUCUAGUGAUAAUCCUUUGACAUAUUGUCUUUUCAUCGAAGAACCAUAUGAUUACAAAAAUACGGCGAGGUGUGUAACACAUCAAGAGAAUUGGGCAGUCAUCCAAGAAUGUUUUAAUGAUGCAUAUGAUUCUUUAGUAUACCCCGGUGGUAAAACACCUUCGCUUGAUGAUCUUGGUAUUUAUAUUAGUUCUCUUGGCAAAGAAUAUUUAUAA